CCCAUUGGUGAGUGGUGACAUUUGCCUACGUUGUUCUUACGUUGUUCAUUUUGGAUGCUUCGAACGUGAUUGGUCAGUCAUUGAUUAUUGAAUUAGGUACUAAAGUCACCAAAUUUCGCAUUAUGGUAUUGGUAGUUGCACUCGCAUUGUUUCUGGGUGUCUUCCUCGCUGUUCUUAUUUUGACCCCACGAGACCGUAAAUCUGGGCAAAAGGGAAAAGCUCACUCAAGCCUGGACAAUGAUAAGGCUUCAAAAUCCUACAGUAAAACUGAAGUUUCAUUGCAUAACAAGAAAACAGAUUGUUGGAUAAUCAUCAAGAACAAGGUAUACGAUGUUACCUCAUAUGUGGAUGAACAUCCAGGCGGUGAUGCCAUUCUAGCACAUGCUGGAGAUGAUUCAACUGAAGGGUUUUUUGGACCACAGCAUGCAAGUCGAACUUUUGACAUGAUUGAUGACUUCUACAUUGGAGAUUUGCAAAUAUAGCUUAGUCAAUAGCUGCUGAUUUGAACGUUCCAGAAAUAUGUGAUUUCAGAAUUUCAACAUUCAAUUGCUUGUUAUCUCUCCAAUUCUUUGCACUCUUUGUCUGAUCAUUUUUAUCUUCCUUAGACAGUAAGUAAUUAAGGUUUUACUGUUCAGAGUCAG